GUAGCGAAGUAUCUUGGACUUAGAACGCCGAUAGCAUACAAAUGGGGGAGGUUCGCACGACCAAGACAAGUUGUGAAAAAAGGAAUCAAUUUCGCAUUUGCAGGAGCUGGCGUGUUUGAUACAAUUUUCACAGUCCCUACCGCGAGUAUGCAGAUCAAUUCCUUUGAACGACUUCUCCGGAAAAAUGUUUAUUCACCGGCCGAUCUCAACUGUUCCGUAGCGUUUUUCAGCUUCAUCGGCAAUGACUAUAUCAAGUACAACAUAUUCAAUGGUACCUCGCAGGGCCGUCCAGCAUUGAUAAGGAGAGUUGUGAAACAGAUUUUAUUGGAUGUAAAGCGAAUUAAGGACUUGGGAGUGAGAAAGGUGCUUGUGGUUUUAUCUCCACCGCAAAAUUGUGUGCCGUUAUAUUCCACUUCUAAAGGCUGCAACACUAAUAACACGUUCACGAAGCUCCACAACAGUCUUAUCCGUGAAGGAUUGAGAAAACUAAACGAUGAGAAUAAUGAUAAAAGCUUCCUCAUGCUUGAUCUCUACAAGGCUUUCAUGACCAUAUUCAAGUAUAGAGGAGUUCCAGGGAUUUCGACAUUUCCGGAACCAUUGAAGGCAUGUUGUGUGGGAAGAAAAGGAGGAAACUCUUGUGGAGAUGUAGACAUACUGGGUAGAAGGUUAUACAGUCUCUGCAAAGAUCCAAAGUCAUUCUUUUUCUGGGACAACGUUCAUAUCACUGAUGAAGGAUGGCGUUCUGUAUUUUCUCUUCUCCUACCUGAUUCACGAUUUUGAGUUGAGUAGAUAUUCAACAAUUUACCAGUACUCAUAAUGGAUCAUGUAUGUCUUCAAAACUUCAACUACUAUUGGAUUGGAUGAGUAGCCAAUUCAUAUUUUAUAAAGCAACUCAUAUAAAAGAUCCAUUACGUGAAAUAA